AUGCCUACCCUCGUCAACAGCAGCGAGCCUGUCAUGGAGCCAAACGAGAAGUUGACGUUCCUUGACCGCGUGACAGCCGGUCUUCGUACCCAGUACAAGCUAAAAGACAACGAGGUGCUCUACCACAUCGUCGGCUUUGUGAUAGAAGAAAAGCCCCCAAUCAUUCCCGAGACGCUCCUGAUCGGCCAGACCUCAUGCUAUGCUGGAAGCUACCAUGAUGUCUGUGGAACCAGCUACGGUUACGCAGGUCGUGGUCCGGUGGUGUAUCGCCUUUUGGUCUUGGACAACGCCAUCGUCUUUGAAGGCACGUCUAGUGACGAAGCACAGGUUGUUGGGGACUUCGACACCCUGGACAAAAGGUUGAAAGAUGGCAGUGUCAAAGUUGGAAGGUCCCUCCUUGUCCAAAAGAGCGAAGGCGAAGACGAUCUGGACUACACAUUGGUCAAAGACGUUAGAAAGCUGUUUGGCGCUGCAAUCGAGCAGCUCGAGGCAAUUCCUCGCGAUGGUCAGCCUUUGAAGCGACUUCCCAGCCCCGAGGGGGAGACAUGGACAACCUUGAAGGACAUGGUGAAGACGUUCAAGCUCGAAAAUGCCGUGACUCAGCCCGAACCGUUCUUCGAAUCGGCGCGUUUGUCAACAAAGAAAGUGGCUGAAUUGAACGAGUCGCGCAAACGCGAGGAAAUUCCUGCGUCUGAGGGGAAUGCUGAAAGUGGGCCGAGGGCAGAGGACUCUGAGGUAGUGGCUCCUCUUCCAGAGGGACCCGAGUCGACGGACGCGCAGCCAGGGACCGACGUCGAUCCCAAAGAGCCGAAACGAAACAGAAAGAAGACCAAGCAGCAAUCUGUCAACGACCCCCCUCCGAAAAACCGGCGCGAUCGUUCGCCUUCCCCUGGCGGCGGUGGGCAGGGCCCCACGAAGCGCCGCUCCGCAAGAAUCCGGGCCGCUCAGGCCGAUCCGUCUGCUACAACCUCGAGUGCUACCAAGGAAGGUCAGCACGGGCGCGGGGCCAAGACAGCGGGUAGGACCUUUGGGAGUAGGGUUGGCAACAUCAGGGGGACCAAUGACAAUACAGCGAAUGUCUUGAUAGGGAAAGACAGUCUCGAGAGCGCCUCUUUCAAAGCCGAUUAUGAUGUCGCAACUACAGAAUAUGAUCCCCUGACCGCUUUCAAUCUCCAAAACAUCGAUUCCUACAUUCCUGAAUCGAACGCAAGCCAGAAAGUCCGAUCACUCUAUGAGUCGAUGCUCAUGGAGCCUGUAAUGAACGGUGGUCAAACACAUCAUAAUGCCCUUCCCGAGCUUCGAAACAUCGAGGAGGAAGUGCCGAAACAGACUGCAAGUGGCGUCAUGGAAGACGACAUUAUCGACGAGGAAGACAAUGGCAGUUUCGACCGUGCGCCCUCAGCGGUCUAUGAUGACCCCUUGGAAGAGCAAGCAAAUACUAUACUUGUCAUUGCUGGCAAAGAGAUCUUCAACAAGUGCCUCAACGAAGCCACCAAGUUUGUUUACUUGCGCAGAUGA